GUGAUAACCCUGGAAGGCUGGGUGGACAUCAUGUACUACGUUAUGGAUGCUCACUCCUUCUACAAUUUUAUAUAUUUUAUAUUCCUCAUCAUAGUGGGCUCUUUCUUCAUGAUCAACCUGUGCCUGGUAGUCAUAGCGACCCAGUUUGCGGAGACGAAGCAGCGUGAGAACGCGUUGAUGCGCGAGCAGCGAGCGCGUUACAUGUCCAACGACAGUACUCUGGCCAGCUACAGCGAACCGGGAUCCUGCUACGAAGAGAUGCUGAGAUACGUUUCACACCUCUACCGUAAACUGACCCGACGAGUACAACGCAUGUACACUACCUGGCACAGUAAGCGUCGUAAGAAGGUAAACCCUAACGGAGGAGGAAGUGGUCCGGGGGUCGGCCGCAGAACGUCCGGACACGCCCCCUGGCUCCGCCCCGUACACAACCUGCUGCAACAUCACCAGCGCCACCACUGUCGGCACAGCAACGGAGGACACCCCCCCGUAGCAACAGGUGGGGAGGAGCUGGAGAUGAGGUCACUUCCUGUCCUGGGUCGUGACCCCUCUGUGACCCCUGGGCUGGGGUCGUCUCUUCUGGGUCGUCUGAACGGAGGGAUGAACUACCCCACCAUCCUGCCCUCCUUCGUCUGCAGCUACCGCAGCUUCACCCCCAAGCCCCUCCCCACACAGCAUCACAUCCCCACACACCCCCACAACCCCCUCCCCACGAACCUCCACAGCCCCCUCCCCACAUACCUCCACGGCCCCCAACCCACACAACCCCACAUACCCCUCCCCACACAGCCCCAGAGGCCACUCCCCACACAGCCCUCGCCCCUCUCAGAAAACAGUCCGGACCCCCUCAGCAAGCUGCAUCAACUCAUGGGACAGCACAAGGCCCACACCCUGCACGACUUCCCCCAGGGAGGAGAGGGGCGCGGCGGCCGUGGGAGGCGCCGGCGGAAGGCAGGGCUGGGGGCAAGGCUGGGGCUCGGGGUGAAGGGGGCCAGUAACAGGCUGCUGGAUCUGGGGACAGCAUUCAGAGACAGACUGAAACGCAUCGUAGACAGCAAGUACUUCAACAGAGGGAUCAUGACCUCCAUCCUCAUCAACACUCUCAGUAUGGGGAUAGAAUACCAUCAACAGCCGGUGGAGUUGACUGAUGUCCUGGAGAUCAGUAACAUCGUGUUCACCUGCAUGUUCCUCCUGGAGAUGCUGUUCAAGCUGCUGGCCUUCGGUCUCUUCGGCUAUAUCAAGAACCCCUACAACAUCUUCGACAGUAUCAUCGUCAUCAUCAGUGUCUGGGAGAUCGUUGGGCAGGCGGACGGCGGUCUGUCAGUCCUGCGUACCUUCCGUCUGCUGCGGGUCCUGAAGCUGGUCCGGUUCCUGCCCGCCCUGCGCAGACAGCUGGUGGUUCUGAUGAAGACUAUGGACAACGUAGCCACCUUCUGUACACUGCUCAUGCUCUUCAUCUUCACCUUCAGUAUCCUAGGCAUGCACCUGUUUGGGUGUAAAUUUAAUCAGCAGAUGGAGAACGGAGACACCAUCCCAGACCGCAAGAACUUUGACUCGCUACUCUGGGCCAUCGUUACUGUGUUCCAGAUCCUGACUCAGGAGGACUGGAAUGUGGUCCUGUAUAACGGUAUGGCCUCCACCUCUCCUCUCGCUGCUCUCUACUUUGUGGCUCUGAUGACGUUUGGGAACUACGUCCUCUUCAACCUGCUGGUGGCCAUCUUGGUGGAGGGCUUCCAGGCUGAGGGUGAUGCCAACCGGGCGGACUCUGACGAUGACAAGAGGUCUGAUGACGAUGGGGAGGAGGAGAAGAAGGAGAAGGUUGAAGAGCUGAAAGACACAGAGCUGCAGAUGUAUUCUCUGAUGAUGACGGCCAACGGUCACGCUGACCGCAACACUCUGGCCCCUCCAAUAACCAUCACGCGCACGGCGGCGACACCCGUGCCGACGCCCAAGAGCUCAUUGGGCCCCGAGUCCGUUCUGGGGGAGGGGCUGGUAUAUGGAGAUGUGUGUUCAGACUUCGGGGAUUCUCGUCGGGGCAGCGCUGCUGCUUCCAUAGACCCCUACGACCAGCGCUCUCUGUCCAGCCCCGGCCAGCACUCGCCCCUCCCUCCCAGAGGUCAGGGUUCGGUCAGUGGGUGGGGCAGCAGGAGGUCAAGUUGGAACAGCCUCAACCGCGCCCCCAGCCUCAAACGCAGCAAAACCAGCGGAGAGAGGGAGAGUCUGCUCUCAGGGGAGGGAGGAGGGGAGGAGGAAGAGGGGGCCUUAGAGCUGCUGCAGGUGUCCUCUCUGGGCCCGUCUGUAACAGGGGAGUACGGGGACUGUAACGGGAGGAGUCUUCAUCACAUGACCUAUGACCCCAACAAGGACCUUUCACCUGACGAUGACAUGGAGGAGGACAACCUGUGGUUCCGGGUCAGGAGAACGCUGCAGAGCCACAAGCCACGCUGGUGUAGAGAACAUGAAGACUGGAACCUCUACCUGUUCUCCCCUCAGAACUCGUUCCGUGUGUGGGCUAAGGGGAUGAUCUCUCAUAAGAUGUUUGAUCACGUGGUCCUCCUCUUCAUCUUCCUCAACUGCAUCACCACUCUGGAGAGACCCGGCAUUCUGCCUCACAGCACCGAGAGAGUGUUUCUGAGUAUUGUAGCGUUGGGGUUCUGCUGGGGUAAACAGAGCUACCUGAAGAGCAGCUGGAAUGUUCUGGAUGGGAUCCUGGUGUUUGUCUCUCUGGUGGACAUCCUGGUUUCUCUGGCCUUGACUGGAGGGAACCGCAUCCUGGGAAUCCUCAGAGUACUACGACUGCUACGCACACUACGACCUCUCAGGGUGAUCAGUCGAGCCCCAGGGCUGAAGCUGGUCGUGGAGACUCUGAUCACGUCUCUGAGACCCAUCGGGAACAUCGUCCUCAUCUGCUGCGCUUUCUUCACUGUGUUUGGAAUACUGGGAGUACAGCUGUUCAAGGGUAAAUUCUACCUCUGUGAAGGCCCGGACACCAGAAACAUCAGCACCAAGACAGACUGUCUGCUGGCCAACUACCGCUGGACACGCAGGAAAUACAACUUUGACAACCUGGGACAGGCUCUGAUGUCUCUGUUCGUGCUGUCCUGUAAGGAUGGAUGGGUCAACAUCAUGUAUGAUGGCCUGGAUGCAGUGGGAGUAGACCAGCAGCCGGUGAGGAACCACAACCCGUGGAUGCUCCUCUACUUCAUCUCCUUCCUCCUCAUCGUCAGUUUCUUCGUCCUCAACAUGUUCGUGGGCGUGGUGGUGGAGAACUUCCACAAGUGUCGUCAGGACCAGGAAGAGGAAGAGCAGCGGCUACGGGAAGAGAAGAGGCUCAAAAUCCUGGAGAAAAAGCGCAGGAGUAAGGAGAAGGAUGGUGCCGAGGCCCAACAGAGACCCUACUAUGCAGACUACUCCCGGUGGUCACCAUCCACACCACAUCACAGCCACUACCUCACCUCUUCAUCACCGUCAUCAUCGGUCAACUAUAGCAACCACAUUACAACCAACCACAGGUAA